AGUCAGUUAAAUUUUUCUCAAGCUGUAAUGUUACCAAAUUUGUAGCAUUGCACUUUAUAUUAUCCGUAUUUAUAGGUCGUAUAGGGGUUAAGGCCGUGCCGAGUGAGUGCAUGAGAUAUGGUAGCUAAAAAUAAUAGAUGACGUACAAAAUUGUCACUUUUAAGCCAAGACAGGCCUCCACGCAGCUUAAGUGGUUGCAGAUUAGCUCGAAGAGUGCAACAAUUUGAGUCUUCUCAAGAAAAUUAUCAAAGUGCAAUGAUGUCUCCUGCUAAAACUGCUACCUCAUUUGCUAUUCUUCUUGCUGUGCUGUUUUCACAAGCCAAUGGAAACCCAGCAAAGCCGUGCAACCCGGAUAAGUGUAAGCUUCCCGACUGUUUUUGCAGUGGCACCAAAAUCCCUGGGAAUUUGUCCGCAUCCUCGAUCCCUCAGAUUGUAAUGAUCACGUUUGAUGCAGCCGUUAACAGCGGCGGGUUCUCUCUAUACGAAGAGUUAUUCAACGGCCAGUUCAAAAAUCCAAAUGAUUGCAACAUCUCCGCGACGUUCUUCGUUAAGCACGAGUACACGAACUACUGCAUGGUUCAAGCACUGUACAAUCAGCGCCACGAAAUCGCGGAUAACUCCAUUUCCCGCCGACUUCCCAUCAGUUGGUGGAAAACCGCGACAGAAAAACAACUCACUGAGGAGAUAGUGGGGAUGAGAGAGAUUCUAAGAAAAUGGGGUUACGUGAAUCCUGAAGAUGUGAAGGGCUACCGGGCGCCAUACAUCCAGGUUGGUGGAAACACAGAGUUCAAAACUCUGCAAGACGCACUCUUUUUGUACGAGUCUUCAAUGCCCACUCAGAUGUACAGGGAUCCUCCGCUCUGGCCUUACACUCUGGAAUAUCGAUCAACUCAAGAUUGUGUGAUCGAGCCAUGCCCGACUGAUUCCUUUCCUGCACUGUGGGAAGUACCACUGGUUGAUUACAACAGCAAAGACGGGCAGUUGUGUAAUUUCAUCGACUCCUGUACCCCGCCUGAUACAGCCCAAGAAGCCUUCGAACUGUUUGACUCCAAUUUCGAACGACACUACACGACCAAUAGGGCUCCGUUUUUCAUGCUUCUAGAGGAACAAUGGCUGGCUAAUAGCACUUACUUUGAAGGAACGGUGACCUUCCUCAAAAAACUUGCAUCCAUGAGCGACGUGUGGGUGGUAACCAUUUCGCAGGCUCUCGAUUGGAUCAUGACUCCCACGACGCUGGAAAAUAUCGAAGACUUUGCGCCAUGGAAAUGCGACUCGACACCCCCACCCGCUUGUCCCGCGGGAAAUUGCAGAGUCUGUUAUUAUCCUGAACGGGAACGUGUGAUGCAGACGUGUGCUCCAGAAUGCCCGCCUCAUUAUCCAUGGGUCGGAAACCCGGAUGGAAAUUAACCCGGAAGAAAACUUCCCGGAUGAAAACUACCCAGGAUGUUGCUCAGCAUGCAAAGUGAACUCUUUUCUAAAACUAAGCUCUGAAUUUACGUUUGUAAACGUACUGGUAAAAGAAUAUUAAUUUGAAAAUAUGCAGUUUAGGUCUUGAACAAUGCUAUGGGCUAUUAAAUGGAGUAAUUUUAACUGUUUGCUAGUUUGGAAAAUCGUUUCAAUUAGCUGACAUGCGUUAAUUAACUUAGACCUGUUAGCCAUCUGAUUCUGUUCAAUGUUUGCCCAUAUUUUUAAUUAAAAUUGGAGAAAAUUAAAGAGCUAUUGUAAGUCA